AUGGUUGUAUUGAAACUCUCUCACAUAAUAUUUACAUUAUUUUUAUACCGCGUAAAAUUUGCUUCUUCCGAAAUAUUAUAUUUGGAUAAUUUAGAUAAUCCUAAUUUUUAUACAAUAAAAAUUGUUGAAGACAGAUUAACUAAGAUUAUGAUAUUAUCUACACCAGAAGAUAAGAUAACUGAAAUACGUUCUAAAAGGAAACUAAUUUGGGGAAGCGAUCGAGGUGAAUAUGUUAAAUGUUUUACUAGAUUUUCAUUUGAAUCGUCCGAUAAGACAUUAAUUACCAUUGAAAUUGGAAAUGCCGUAGAUGAAGCUAUGAAAUUUAUUUACGUGAGCGGGAACUUCUAUAAAUAUAUCAACAAGAGUGAGUUUGAGGAUUAUUACAAAAGUUUUUGUUCAGUAUUUAUUAAAAUUCCACCAGGUAAGCUUCCAAUUCCGAGACUGAAAAAAAAUGUAAAAACAGAAAAAGUUGAUAAACGUAAACUAAAACGAGAUAGACAAAGAAAAGAUAAACCACAAAGUGAACAACAUGAUAAAAAUGUUGAUAUAGUUUCACAAUCAUUAGCUGAGGAAGGAAUUGAUCUAGAAAAGAAAAUCGUUGGCAGAGAAGAACCUACUCAACAAACAGAAAAACAACAAGAACCUACAGAGUUAGAACCAGAAACUAUUCCAGUGGAACUUGAAUCAGAUGAUGAAGAAAUUGAUGAAUCUAAUGUAUCAAAACCUAAAGAAUCAGAUGGAAUAUUAACUCAGAAUAGAUACACACAAACAGAUAUUCAAGAAAUAGAAGAUAUUGGAAUUCAAACAGAAAUUCAUGAAUUAGAAAAUAUUGUAACACAAACAGAUAUUCAAACUAAAGAAAGCUCGAUUCAAACAGACAUUCAAGAAGUAGAAGAUAUAGAUACACAAACAGACAUUCAAGAAUUAGAAAAUAUUGGUAUUCAAACAAUUGGGAAUUUUUCUGAUAUAACAGAAGUAACCAAGAAACAUGAACAACCAGAAGUACCUAAACGUAGACCAGGUAGACCAAGAAAACAGAAACCUGAACCUGAACAACCUAAACGUAAACGGGGUAGGCCUAGAAAACAGAAAUAUGAAACUAAAAAAACUUGGUUACUUAGACCAAGAAACAUGAAAACUGAAACUAAAAAAACUUGGUUACUUAGACCAAGAAAACAGAAACCUGAACCUGAACAACCUAAACGUAAACGGGGUAGGCCUAGAAAACAGAAAUAUGAAACUAAAAAAACUUGGUUACUUAGACCAAGAAACAUGAAAACUGAAACUAAAAAAACUUGGUUACUUAGACCAAGAAAACAUAAACCUGAACCUGAACAACCUAAACGUAAACGAGGUAGACCAAGAAAACAAAAACCUGAACCUUCAUCAGACACAUAA